CUUAUUCUCUCUUUGAAAAAAUCUAGGAAUUCUUUGAAAAGAGGAAACUUAAAUCAAAGAUGAAGCUUCUGGGAGUAUCAUCUCCUAAAAGUUCAGCAGUCAGUUUAGAUCUCCUCAAUCUAUAUGUUGUUAAUCAGAUAUCAAACAAAAAGGACAACACUGAGAACAUGAGAAAGCCAGUCCACGUUGAUAUCGCUAAAGAUGUGAAAAUACCUGUUAGGAGGCACAACAUAGAGCUUCCAAUGUCACCACUACGUACACAACAUAUGUCAAACUUAGAUGACAUCCAGAACAGGUUACAAAAGCAAGUAUUGGACAGCAGAAGGCAGCAUCUCUCAGAGAAAGUAAAAUAUCAGCAUAAUUUAUCACAGGUAACAGAAUUAAUGUAUGCUGACUCUAGUAUGAAACAUGAAGACAACAUAACAGGAGCUUUUAGUGCCUCUCCAUUGCCCUUUACUGAUUUUUGGUCCUCUAACUGUACACAACUCUCAGAAGAAAAUUUCAACACAAACUUAAUGGGCAACACUUGGGAACAGACCUAUGAAGAGAAGCUGCAAAACCAGCCAGGAAAUAGUUCUGAUCAAGACCCUUGGAUUACAAUACCUCCAAGCCAGUGCAUUUUCAGGAAGUCUGAUACAAUGCCUCCGGAACUGUUUAAGCCAUUGCAUAGGCUAGACUAUAUGAAUUCUGCCAGGAAAAAACCAGUGAUAAUGACCAGUAACAAACUGGAAAACAGUGAAGGAAUAAAAGAACCAUUGUUUGAUGUUGCGAAAGAAACUGCAGAACUGAAAGCUCCCCAAGAUGGAAAUGAUUGUUCCUUUCUGGCACUGUUUGAAGAUGAAAGCCGACCAAUACAUAAUAAUCCUUCCACAAACCAUUUUAAUCCUUUUGUUAACCAAAGCAGUACUGAUAUUUUUUUCAUUGAUCCUGAUGAUAGAAAUCAAAUGGCCAACAGAAAUUAUCCUUAUGAUACUAGAGAAGUUUAUCCUGCAAUCAAUCCAAAAGAAAGUCCUGUAGACAGACACCUUAAAGGCAUUUUCACAGCUCCAGAACAGGUUUUACUUAAAAGUAACAGUGCCUCAAGUGCAAGCUACAAGAAAACCAGUGGACUUCAUAAAACCCACAUGCAGGACUGUUUUGAGGGACAGCACUACUUCAUACCCUCUGAAAAGAAAGAAAAACAUGCAAACGAUACAUUUGCUUAUCAGCAGAUGAACUUAAAGAAGAACAUGCAGAACUAUUCAAGAAAAAAAAGUGACAAUGAUUUUGUGGCAGAAUCAGCCUGGAGACAGAACCAGCUCUUUGCAUUUGAAGAGUUCACAGCAGCACAAGAAAAAGUGUGUAAGUUUGGAGUGAGUUCAAAUCUUCACAAGAUGGAGAAGGAUGCGGAGUCAUCACUCAGCAGCCAGUCUCCCAGUUACUCUCCAAGGCCAACAGACACCUGUUUCAGUUCUAGUCCUGACACGGCUGAAGAGGAAGACACAGCCAAAAAGAAUGAAUAUCUGAAUGAACAGUCCUUGAAGAUAGAUGAUGCCUGCCUAGUCUCAGCCUCAGCAGGCAUGGAGCCCCCCAAAACCUGUCACCCCAGAACAGUGCCUCUCCAGCCUAGCAGUAUUUUGACUAGAGAAGAAGCAAACCCCCUUCAGGAGAAAGACUCUAGUUUAUGUGCCACAGAAAAGGAAAACAAAAUCCAUACCGCCCUUUCUGAGGGCAGCCCAUUACACCAAGCUCUUAAAAGAGAGCAAGUCACCCGCAGUACCAGGUGUGAUGCUUCAUCGCAGACUGAGAGCUCUGUGACAGAAAUAGGGAAAGUGGAUGUUGCCACCCAGUGUGGCACCACGCGGGUGUGCAGCUGUGGGAACUCCCUCCCCUUUGCCUGCAGCCCAAGGCAGGUCCCUCCUCCCAGUGCCACAGGCACUGCUGGAAGGCACAAAAUGUCAGUGCAUGAGGCGCUGCAGCCUGUGGGCACAGACAGCAUAGCAGGAAUAGCGGCGUUUUCUUCUGAGGCUGAGUAUCUGAGUUUGGGUGGCGGAAGGACUCUAGAGGUGCUGAACUAUAUUGAUACAAUGAAGAAGAGAGAUAAGCAGUGAGCAACUAGAAUGGCACACAGCUGUUAAAAGAUUCACUGCCCUUAUUCCCACCAGGAACUACAAUUUAUCUGAAUAACAGCUAUGACUUGCUGGAAGCUCAGCCAUCACCGGUAAUUUGUAAGGGACAGUUCUUCACUCAGCGUUACGAAGCUCGUUCAGAUUGUGCCCCAUGAGCAGCAGCCUGUGCUGGCUUGAAUGAGGAGAUCUCGAAGGCGUGCCCUUUCCCAGCCGUCCCCCGUGCCUGGUACGUACCUGUCAGCCUUUCCAGCGGUGCACAUCCAGCUUCUCGGCCCUCCCCACAGCCGACACUGCUCCAGCUCACUUGGUCUGCCAGCCUCCUGCAAUAUGCUGCGUCACAUUACAGCUAAAAGCUCCAGCGCAGUAUACUUUAGUUUGGAGGGUUUUUUUAUUAGACGGGCAGAUAUCAAAUUGCCGCGUGGCCAGAUAGUUCUCUGGUGGCUGGGCUUGGAGAGGUGCUGAAGUGACCCAACCUAAGACAAACUGCCAUUAACUUGCAAUGGAAGUUACACUACUGACCUCUGCAAGCGGCAUUGUUGUUGGGACUUUGAAAUUUUGCUUUGUUCUACAGUGACGUGAGCUACCCAAAUUCAGGCAGGUACUCCAAUCUGCAGAGCAAGCCUCUGCGCAGGUUGUAUUUGCGGUCUGCUCCUAUGAACCUACAGGACAAAGAGCGCAGGUCAGAACUGGGAAAAGGGAGCUGGUUGCAGUGUAUGGAUAUAUAUGUCGAGGUGUUCAAAUGAAGCAAUACCUCUUUCUUAAAUGAUCUCUCAGAAUUUCAAACCUUUCGGUGGGUAUAGCUUAUCUCCACUUCAGCCACUAAUACAGAAGCUUUCACAAUUUGUCUGGUUCCAGCCAGAUUUCAGCCUAGGCUGCACCGUUUCCCAGUAAGGACUGAAAUUACAUAGCUCGGUGCCAGACACACAUUUUCUGGCUGGCUAUCUGUGAGAGCUGCAUACAUGUCUCUAACGCAGUAAUGCGCCACUUGGGAUAUGUCAAUCACCACAGAUAAUCAUGUUCCAAAGCCUUUGGAUGAAAGCAUAUAAAAUCCAAUUACCUUACAUUUUUUACCUGUAAUUGCAAAGCAAUCAGAAGAAAGAGAACUGUCUUUGUAGUGGUAUGUGUGCUGGCAAUGAUGAUAAAUAAGGUAGUGUGCUCAUUUUAGCCACUAGAGGAGUAUUUUAAAGUGUUUACAUUACUAUUAUUGCAUUAGAAGAGAAUCAUGCUUUCACCUUACCUCAGUGCCAGUCUCCCCUGCUGCUCAGGUGCUUUCUUUCACCUGAUUUUUUUUGAUUUUUGGGAAGAGUUGAGUUUGGUUUAAUAGUAAUCUACUCUCUCUCCUAGUGGUAGCCUCAAAUCAUGCUUUCUUCAGCUGAUGCUUCAGCACCCAAUGCUAUUAAUCCACCAAUAUUUGUACCCUACAGUAAUGACCAUCAUCCCAAUAUAUGGUCAGGCACCACCAGCUUUCUCUGAGGCAACAGCAUAGGCAGAGACGCUCCUUUUUCAUCCAUGACAAUCCUCCUGGCCGUGUGCUAAGUCUCUGGGGAGGCCACAGAAAUGUGUUAUGUUUUUAACUGUGUUUGGUAAGCAUCAAUUAUAAGUUGAGUUUUCUUGGGGAAAAGGAGAAAAGGGUAUCUGUAACUAACCAAAAACUAGGUACAUUGGUUUAACAGUGGCACUCAAAUGCUUCUAAAUACGCAUUAAAAAAACCCCAAAAAACUCUCAUGGAAAAUGUUACCCUAAGCUUCAGUGAGAAGCAGUUUUAAUAUGCAGCUGGUAACCUUUUUUUCCUAUAAAAUCAGCUCUAAUUACAGUAACCUGCAAGGUAAGGUUUUCUGGGUAAGCACCAAGAGAAAUUUUCUUUCAUUAAUGGGGCAGUUUGUUGCUGAAUGUUAUUAUAGCAAAAGCCUCCACAAACUUUUUAGAAAUCCUUAUUUCAUUUUCAUGAAGGAUUAUCAUUGUGGGAAAUGAGAAGCUUAAGUCUUUUACACAAGUGAUUAUUUCUCAGGUGGAAACUGUGAAUUGGCUUUUUAAGGGUUUUAGCAGACAACAGAUUCAGAAAGGAUGACAUUUCCUAGGAAAAGUAUUCAACUCUCCACAUCCAAUGCCUCAUCUGUUCCCACAAAAAGAGAAUGACCUCUCUGCAACACUUCAUCCUCUUCUCACUGACAACCUCUGACGGAUUCAGAGCUUGCUUCUCCAGGGCUGGUGAUAUUGAACUCCAACAACGUCUCAUAACUGAGCUGAAUACAAGGUGUUUGCCCUCUCGCCCAGCCACACUGCUGAAA